CGAACAGUCGCGAAUUAUGUUUUUUGUUGAGAAAUUAACGUCAAUCGAUAAAUAAUUUCAAGAAUUUCAAGUCCAAGACUUCCAACUGUGAAAAAUUGAUAUACUGACAAAGUACAAGUCCAUUUGUCGAUCCAUUCAAGAUCUAUCGAUCAUGAUUUCAAGUUUCAACUGUUUCAAGAUCUAUUUUAAUUAGACGUCGUGCAUUGUGCAUAGGGCUGCAUAGAGCACGAUGUGAAUCCUCCCUUAGCUCAGCGUGUUGUUGAAGCUUGAAGCUUGAAGCGUCGUUUUUCCGUCGUCCGGAUCGGACACGUUGGUUAUUGCGUGAAUAAAUUAUUAUUAGUGUCGCGGUGCCGAUAAUGACGCGCUCGAUCAACGUGACGAGUGGCGCGACGGGAGGACGAUGAUCUCGGCGUCGCGUCGAUGUCGAUCGCAAUUGGAGUAGUGCAUGGUAGUGCAGAGUAGUGAACGCCUCAAACGCCUGUGCCCUGAUCUAGAGGCACCGGAGCAAGGAUCAGGUUAGAUUCAGGGUGGUUUGCCGCUACGCGCCCGCAGAACAGAAUCAUGUCGUUUCGUUUGGACAGGAGAAAGGCAGAAACCGACAGGGUGAGUUGAGUGUAUGCAUACACUGGCAUACGCAUCCUGGACUGAUAAGAUAAAUAUUGUAUAUUGUAUGUGUGCGGAAAUUGGGACAAACUUUUGGAGGCCAUUGUUUUUGGAGGGCCCAUUCAGAAAAACGGCUUUACAGGCUGUGUUCCAGAAUUUACUGCCAAGCGUUGAAAAUCUAUAGUAUACGUUACGUUUUCAGCGUUGGCAGUGAAUCGAACGAGCUCCGAAUCAAGGUCUCAUUACGAUAAAUUUGAGUUAAUAACAAUACAAAGUCUUUACUUGCAUCCGUACAUCUGCAUUCUUGACACUCGGUCUGUUCGCCAGAAGUUUCACCCAAUAACGAGUUGAUAAUUCUAAGUCUCUGAUAAGAGGCGAGCAACAUGGACAUCACAUCAGACUUUGAUCGUCUCAAGGUAUCCGUAUUAGAGAAGGCGUCGCGUAUAUCAGCAACCACGAAGGUGGAUCGCAUUACGAUCGGGCCCCAAUCGGCAUUGUACGAUGAAGAUUCUGACAAGGCGAAUAAUACUGAAAACGAUCAAAAUUCUUGUAACAUUAAAAGUCUGCAGAGAAUUGUUACCACUCCCAAGCACAACAUGGUUUCCACUCCAAAUGGUAUUUGUUUCUCGAUCAAUAAGAUUCUGCUGGAGAGCGAGUUGCAGAGGAAAGAACAAGUCUGGAAAGAAAUAGAGCGUCAUUUUGAGCAUAUGAAGCAGAAUGAUCGCGCCAUCGAAAAGCAAAUGGCUAACUCGCGCACGUUGAUGGCACGUGAACGUGUACGCCUGAAUGAGGAGAAGGUGGCGUUUCUCCAGGCUGAAGAGGAGCGAAUCGCGGAGCAAGAAAAAAUCAAGAAGCGACACGAGCAGCAAUUGCAAGCACAGCGCGAACAAGAACAAGAGGAAAGGCAAAAGCUGGAGGAAUGUCAAAGAAUAAUGAAAGAAAAGGAAGAACUGACGAAAGCCGUGCUAGUCCAUCGGGAUCAGUUUACGGUCAGGUACCACGAUCUCGUGGCAUUAUCCAAGACCUGCAAGGACCAGCAAGCAUUCAGUGUGAUGUUCAUGGCACAUGACGCCACGAUAAGAGAUUUGAUCCAACGAAUCAAAGCUUUAGACGAGAAACUCAAAAACGGAGAAUUGGUAGCUACAGAUGUAAAUAUUAUCGAGGCUGUGGUUUAUCACUUCGACGAUGUAUUGAAUAUAUUUCGUGCGGAAACAGAAAAAAUAAACGCUCAAUACGAAGCGGAACUGGCUCGCAAAGCACAAGUUGCAAACGAGAUACAGCCGGUCGAAGAGACAGACAAUGUUCCAGUUAAUGAUGUAAUGCUUCCUCAACAACCAGACGGGAGCGGUGCUGUGGAAAACAAAGAAGACCAAAAUUCCGGUGCGGUAACGAAUCAAGAAAUAGAAGCCACGCCGAUUAACGAACCAGUUGCACCGGCCAUAUAUGAUCCUACAUUGGAAGAAGCGGCUAAAGAGUCCGCAUGCAAAAAAGGAGAUGUCUUCGAGUACGUCGACCAGGAAUCAUUGCAGAUUUACGUCAGAAGUCAACAAUUCUUGGAGCUCUACAGAGAAACUUGCAAGGACUUUCUACAAUCGGCUGCUACAAAGAAAUUCCGUUUCGAGUGCCAAAAGGCGAUCAAUAUCCCUGUAAAUGCAAUUUCUGGCGUAAGCGAGCAACACUUGAGAGACAAAUAUGACAGGCUGCAGAAUCUUUUGAUCGGAAAAUUGCCUCCCAACGUAACGCAACAUCCACAAGGAGUGAUUUUCUGCAAGAAUCAUCUGGCGAAAAAGAUAGUCAGCCAAGGAGAGACGUUGGUAUCUAGUAAGCCGGAAAUGGCAUUCCCUGUGGCAAUGAUUGUCAUAGCUCUCUGGAACGAGCAUCCAGACUUUGGCGAACUAUUCCUGGCGCAUCUUCACGAGGCGUGUCCGUUCACCGUACCAGUUUUCUUGCAGCAGCAAGAAGGCCAAUCCAAUGAGGAUUAUUAUAAAUCUCUUGGCUGUAAAUAUUCUGAAGACGGUACUGUCGAGAAGCAGGACAAAUUCUUAAAAAGAAUGUCGGGAUUAAUGAGAUUGUAUGCAUCGAUCAUCGUUACAAGACAGCAGAAGGGUGUCACCAAGCCUCAUCCCCAUGGUCUUCGACACGCCUGGAGAUGGUUGGCGGUUGUUUUAAAUAUCGAACCACGAGCCGAUAUUUGUGAUUUAUGCGCGACUUUGAUACUGGAUAUGCUCGAGGUUGCCGGUAACGUGCUGUGGGGUGCAUAUCCAAAGCAGUUUUAUAAAUUGCUGGUGCUACUAAUGGAGCAAUAUUAUCCGUGUAUGCGAAAUGUCGCAGGUGGUGGCGGGCCUUUAGUACGGUUGGAAGAGUUUCUGAACAAUACCCUAAAAAGUGGGUACACCAUACGUGGGUGCACCAUAAGUGGGUACACCAUACGUCUCGCCAAUGGAAUGCUUCCACCUAACUUUUUGUGAUCUUCCGUCAGAUCACGUAGUGACUUAAACGUAGAUUAAAGUAUUUAUUACGAGUCUAAAAAUGAGUUAAGUAACAUAUUUGAAUAGUUUUGAACAUGUAUGACGAAAAUUUUAAAUUGUUUUGAGCGUUACUUGUUGAAGCAAGGUGUGGUGUGGAAGCAAGGUAUUUACACGUCUUGAGAAAAGAAUCCCAGGUAGCAGCACUCGUCAUUUUGACGUCAAAAGUCUGUCAUUUUGACGUCUUUUGACGUCAAUUGACGUCAAAAUGACGAGUGCUUGCUACCUGGGAUGUGAAAUGAUGUGUUUCAAGAAAAACUGUUCAAAUUUCGGGAAUCUAAGUUGAAAAUCUAAAAUUCAAAAAUCACGGAACAUUAAUAUUUUUCUAAAAGUCAUGAGAGAAGUUUGAAAAAUUCCGUGUAUUUGUUAAGUUCCGUAUAUUUGUUAAAAUUCGUUAUCAAAUAUAUUGAGAUUUAUAAGAAAUCCUAACUGUAAGUAACGAAUCGAAACGAUUCUAAAUUCUGCUUGUAAACAAAAUUACUCGAAGAGUGCGAAAAAAGAGAAGAUCAAGUGCCCACUCGGAAUUCAAGUCUCAUCGAAUUGUUAUUAUUAUUUAUACUGUAUAUUCUUCUAGUUUAAUUGUACGAUUUACAAAGUGGAUUUUGAUAAUAAUUUUGUGCGCUAUGUGUACGGAGCGAAUCAAUUUGGAAUAAGUCGCAAUGCAUGUGUUGUCGCGGAAGAGGAAGAAAUCAAACGAGAGAGAGAGCGAGAGAGAGAGGAGAGAAUGAGUGGGAGAAAGAAUCUUUUUUUAACGAAUCAUAUAGAUCGAGGAUAAAUUUGCGAAUUAUUGUAUUUAUUUAGAUUUAAUAAAGAAUAAUGUUAAAUUGAAACAAAUAGAACAUGUAAUAUAUGUAUAAAAUGAUAAAAGAAGUAGAUUAAAAAAAGCGUAAAAAAUUUUUAGUAGUAAGGCAUAUUAGUGGGUAUGAACUUGUUCUUCAGAGCGUAGUUAUUCUCCGAGUUCUUGGCAAAACCAAUGACACCAUAGGGUAACACUCUAAGCAGCAUUUCAUCGUACUUAUUUACGUUCAUCAGAUAGGUUAUAAGUGGUUUGUUCAGUGUGUCCGCUGAAUAAAAUGCAAAUAAAGUAAGUAUUAAAAAAGA